AUGGCGGAGAAGGCCUGCACCCUCCGCACUCGCAAGUUCAUCACGAACCGGCUGCUGGCACGGCGGCAGUUUGUCCUGGACGUGCUGCACCCCGGCCGCGCGAAUGUCUCCAAGACCGAGUUGCGCGAGAAGCUCGCCAAGCUGUACGACGUGAAGGACGACAAGCUGAUCUCCGUCUUCGGUCUGCGCACCCAGUUCGGUGGCGGCAAGUCCACUGGCUUUGGCCUGAUCUACGACAGCCUGGAGGCUUUCAAGAAGUUUGAGCCCACCCACCGCAUCGUCAGGAACGGUCUGGCCGAGGCUGUCUCCAAGUCAAGGAAGCAGAGGAAGGAGAGGAAGAACAGGCUGAAGAAGGUCCGCGGAACCAAGAAGGCAGGCAUGGCUGGCGCCAAGAAGUGA